AUGCAUGGCUAGCAGGUCCUUUGUACGAUUUACAUAUCGGAAGCCCAAUAUUUCUGUCCGAUAUUCUUAAAAUGAUGGGUUCAUCUCGUUCAGCUCGGGCCGAAACCCGCAGCCGUGCUAAAGAUGAAAUCAAACGUGUCAUGCAAGCCAUUGAUAAGGUCCGAAAAUGGGAGAAGAAAUGGGUAACCAUCGGAGACACAUCAAUAAAGAUCUUCAAGUGGGUACCUGUUGUGGAAACUAAAAGCAAAGAGAAAGAAGGCGAGGAGAAAAAGGACGAGCAGUCCGCUGACGCCAACAAGGAAAACAACCCAGAGGGCAUGGGGCCAUCGGGGUCAGAGGUCACCGACUUGGCCAAGCACCAUGGAGAGACUGCCAAAGAUUCGGCCAAGCAGGGCAGUCCAGGGCAAGGAGAAGACCAGCAGGUUGGGCAAGAGCCUCUCAGACACAGGGAUGUCACAGCUUUGAUAGAAGACGCCAGGCUCACUCCCUCAUCAGCACUGAGCCAUGACGAUUCCACGAUGGACUCAACCAUGGACUCUAAUUACAGCAGCGAUAAUGAUGACAGGAGCAGUACAACAGGCGUCAGUGAAGGUGGUGAGCAGAGAAAUUUUGGCAACUUGAAGAAAGACGACACCACCAGUCAACCUCUUGAGCAGACCCCUCAAACGACACCCGAUGAGUCAGAUCCCAAGACAUCUGGCACACAUACAUCACCAUCUGAAAAACCAGAUGAUGUCAGCGAACCUCCAGCAAAGCAACCCAGACUCCACGCAGACACCACAUCAAGCUGAUAGCUCUAAAACUUUGCACAUCUAUACACACCUUCAUUUCACCCCCUUGUGGCUUAGCGGAUAUACUUCGUCUCUGUCAUGGGCCUUCAGUAGAUAAAGUGCUUUAUUUGUAUCGGCAGAAAGGCUGGUUCCAACUUGGCACUUGAGCAAACACAAAAUGCAAUGCAUGUAUUGCGGUGUCAUGCAAUGCACUGCAAAUUGGCAAAAGUUGAACAAAAUUUCUACUCAAGUGAAUUUCGUUGAGGAUUCGUUGUGGUGUUAAUUGUGCUUUCACUUCACAUCCAUGUGGAGAAGCGUGGAAUGAAGCAAUUUUCACCGCAACAUAAGCUUAUUUCAUAGUACUUGAGGUCCAAGUAAGGGUUUUUACCUAUGAUUUUUUGCUUAAAUAUCUCCAUAUUAAGGCGUAGCCUUUUGUAACUUUUGAUGCAUGUACAUCAUGGUUUGAGGGGAAGAAGUGUAAAAUUACCGCACCUGCAGUCUUGUUCAGGGUGCCACUUCAAGCCUAGUAGAAUGGUCAGUGGUAAUAAGACUGCAACCGCAAUCACACAGAGCCAUACCUGGAGGGAAUUGAAUGCUUUAAUUUAGUCACAAUGGCAUAAACUGCCUGAAUCAGUAAUAUCGAGUGAGAGGCUAGGCUUUUUCCUGUGAGGAACUCUUGACAGUGUCGGGUGUUUUGUUCUGUGAACACAUGGAUACCGCCAGCUGCAUUUGCACAUGGUGCAAAAAAUAUUAAACUUUGUUAUAGCAAUGGACUCCAUGCACACUACAUCCUCAGCAGUUGCAAAGAAAACAAUUGGGAGAUUGGGAGGAGGGGUAUUUUGGACGUAUUGCUGAUUGGGCCUGACAUUCAAGCAAAGAUGUUUGUGUUUCACACCAUAUGCACAUGAGCCAGCAGCCGCAUCCCAUCCCCCUAACUGGAGCCCCAGCCUGCUUAAUAUUCAGACAGUUGUUAACAUUUUGCAGUCUUGGAGAUCAUCAAAUUGGAGAUAAACCCAAUGGCAUUGUUUUGUUUUCUUGUUAAGUUCCAAAUUGGUCCCAAUUGAUUCUAAUUGGUGAGCCUCACAUAAGUGUUUGUAUGUACAGACAUACAUUGUACUCGGUAUGGAAAAUCCUAUGGACUGUUUUGAGAAGCUUAUUUCUGUCCUUGCUCUUUGAGACCAAACAUUUUGUACAGGCAACUACUUGGUUUUUUUUUAAAUGUUUCUGUUCCUUUUGUACAUAAAGAAUUGUUUAGAGUGAUGAUGAACUAACCAUGUGUCGAGUAGUUAUCUGUGUUUAUGUAUUUAUAUCACCUGUUAAAUAGAAAACUGUGGCUUAUUAGUGGGAGACGGGUUCAACCCUCCACCCCGGAAAGGUUACAUUUGUGUCAAUUUUGUGUCUUCUUUAGCUAUAGUUGGGUAGCAGUGAUACGACCACAUGUUGUUGUUUUUUUUGGUUCUGUAUUGUAUCACGUUCUACAUUUGCUGUAGAUCGUUGGCCACAAAUAAAAUAAUUAUAUUUGGUGAUUGUUUGCAAUUAUGAAAUUCUUGGUUAAGUAUUCAUGUAUGUCAAUAAGUGUACUACGCCAUCUCUUGUUUAAAA